AGUGGAAUCAGAAUCCGAUCCCUUUCUAACAUGCAUCACUCUUCCUUUUUUGAAAAACUUGUAAAAGUUUCCACCUUUCAACAGUUUCUUCUCCCUUAAUUUCUUCUCUCGUUGAAUGUUGGAACACGUUAUUCUGCAAUUAACAAACAAUAUUAAAUAAAUCAAAAGCAUAGAUUUUUCAUUAUAAAAAGCUCGUUAACGGUCACCAUCUUCCCUGCACAUAUCACUCCAUCGACUCCAGUAUUUCCCAAGCUCUCUUGAGAUGGCAAAGAACUCACAGAACAGUAGUAGCAAGAAGAAGCAAGAAAACAGAAUUUGUGAGAAGAUCUUCAGAGCAGUGACGAGUCCUGUCCGAACUGUUCGCCGCAUCUCCACCAAACCUUCAACAAGCCACCCAGCAGAGGCCGUUUGCGUCAAAUUUGCAGAGACAUCGUCGACUCAGGCGGCGGCAGCCAAACCCAUCAUUACAAAGAUGGAACCGAAGAAGACGGUGAUCGCUCGAGUGGAGACGACUAUCAAAACGGACGAGAGGUUCACCGAUUAUAUAAAGAAAGCGAAGCUGAAGAUCAGGGCAAUGACGACGAAUCACGAUGACGAUGCGUGGGAGACAAGUGAAACAGAUCAGACACGUGAGCAUCACCACGUCCAUAACUCUCACGUAGGUGGCCGUAGCAGUGGGAGAUCAUCAUCAUCAGAUCAGUUCUCUGAGUACAUAAAGAAGGCGAAGAUGAAGCUCAUGUCCUCUUCCACCAUUGCUCGUGCUAACCCAACUAACGAUACUUAUUUCAAGUGAUAUGACAUUUUGACAACUGAUGAUGAUUUUUGAAUAAAUCCUGGCCUUAAUUUGUCUGAAUGAUUUUGGUUUGAUACUCGUAAAAGAUUCUAUUGUAUUAAUAAGUACGGACAUGGAUUUUGUUGCGUUAA